AUGAUUCACUUUGAAUCAGUCGUGGAUGAAAGUCAUAAUCCGAAUAUUACUAUCUAUAACGGCUCCAAUCACAUACCAGAUGAAAAUUAUGAAGAAAUAACACCUCUUGGCAUUACAAGUCUGGCAAUCCAAAUAAGUAUUGUUGUUCUUAGUGUCAUCUGCAAUUCCUUAGUUAUCGCUACGAUUGUUGGAUAUCGUCGGCUGCAUAAUAAUACUAACUACUUGGUAGUCAAUCAGUGUGUUGUUGAUUUCCUCUUUGCAACUCUCAUCAUUGCAGUUUACCCUAUCCAAGCCUUGCUUGGCUAUUGGCCGUUUAUUAAAGAAUGGUGUGCUAUCCAUUACUGCUUAAGCAUUGGCUUAGUGAUGGUAUCUAUACUUAAUUUAUGCGCCAUCAGUUUUGAUCGCUAUAUAGCUAUUUGUCAUCCCUAUCAUCAUCCUAGACUCAUGACCAAGAAAUCGCUGAUCAUUAUUUUACUCUUUGUGUGGAUACAGCCAUUACUCAUCAGUUUACUACCCAUUAUGUUGUGGCGAACACAUCAUGAUCUUCCUUUUGGUAUAUGCUCCUAUGAUAUUAAUCGAUCAUUAAUCCAAGAAAGAGUUUAUUUAGCAUCAUUUUUGAUGAUUAACUAUGUGAUACCAGCAUUUAUUAUGCUAUUAUUAUAUUCAUUAAUAUUUCGUACUGCAUGUCGACAAGUCCAUCAAAUUAAUAAGCAAAAUAUGAUUUCUUCGUCUUCACUGUCAGAUUCUAUUCGUACUCAUAAAACCUCCGAUAAGGACAUUAAGUUAGUCCUUUUAUUUCUGGCUAUCGUCGGCACCCUAUAUAUUUGUUGGACACCUCUAUAUACUCUAAUGAUGAUAAGUUACUUUGAUGUAUUUUAUCAGCCUCACAUCGGGACUUUUGUGGCAAUCAUGUUGGCCUUUUCUAAUUGUGCUAUUAAUCCCAUAAUAUACAGCUGCUCCAAUGCUCCAAUUCGCAAAGGCUUAUUCAAAUUAGUUGGAAUAAAAGUAAAUAUUCGAUCGGAACGAUACGUUACCACAGUUUAG